AUGACGACCAUAACUCGUAUUGUUGGAAUUUGUGGAUCUCUUCGUAGAGAAAGUACUAAUAAAAAACUGAUUCUUCGAGCUCAACAACUAUGUGCUGAGCAUGUACCUGAAGCUCGGAUUGAUAUCAUUGAUUGGAGUCAACUACCCGUUUAUAAUCAGGAUUUGGAAGGAGAUCCGCCAAAAUCUGUUAUUAAAUUUAAGGAAGAAAUCGGAGAUUCUGAUGCGCUUCUUUUCGCUACACCCGGUCCUUUAAAAAACGCAAUCGAUUGGGCAAGUCGAGUAAAGAUUGGUGAUCGUGGUGAUGUUUUCUCCGGAAAACCUGCUGCGAUAAUGGGAGCGGGUCCUGGAACUGCACCAGGUUCUUCGGGAUCCGGUCGUGCUCAAUUGGUACUAAGACAAAUUUUAGCUGCCUUGAACGUGAUAACUGCUAACACACCAUCUGUAAUGUUAACUGGGGCUUUUCAUGCAUUUAAAGAGGAUGGAAGUUUGGAAAAUCAAAAAAUGGAGGAAAAGAUUGUGCAACUGCUAAAAGAACUU